CCUCGCGCACAUCCCUCACCUGCCUCAGCUCCUCUCCUCCGACUCUCUGCUGCUCACAUCCUGUCUGAGAGGGAGAGGCAGAGGAGGAACAGAAUCAACUUGAGAGCCGCGGGAGCCAAGUUUAAGUAACUUUAAACGCACACGUUUUUCUUACUUCAUCUUUUUCCGUCGAUUUUUAAAAAAUACAUUUUCGCCACAGGCUGAUGAUACUUUUUGAGAAGGGAAACCAAAGUUUAUUACGAAGCUCGUAGGCGCUGAAAUGAAGGUGCGUCUGAAGGGAAAUGUUAUAACGUUGUUCUUUUAUGGGUUUCUGUCGGCACUUUAAUAAUAAUUUAAAAAACCCUAAGACUAUAGUUUUAAAGUUAUAGCCUGAACCUUAGCGUCAUUGGAGGCGUUUGGCCAUAAGGGACGUCAAUCCAGCGCCAAGUUGCUGAGCAGGAGAAAGAGGUUCUUCGCAGGCGGUGGAUUUAUGUAAACUAAACCAAGAAAAAUCACUACGAUUUUAAUCUGGAUUCCGUGAUGUAUAUGUGAAAGUUUCCCCGAUCCGAAUUGAUUUCGUUCGGACAAGGGGAUACUUUAAUGGAUUUUUUAUGUGGGACCCGCUAGGAUGGACGUGGUAGAUGAAACAGAAGCUUUACAGAGAUUUUUUGAAGGUCAUGAUAUUACCAGUUCGCUGGAGCCAGCCAACAUCGACACCAGUAUCCUGGAAGAGUACAUCAGCAAGGAGGACGAUAGCACUGACAUCUGUUUCUCAGAGGUCCACAGCACCCCAGGACCAAAUUACUCAUCUCCCCAGGCAGGAGUGUCCUCCUCUGGGGGGUUGGUGUGUGGUGUGAGCCCCCCUAUUCCACUACGCCAAGGAGCCCCUCCACCUGGGCCCCAUAACUGUCAGAACGCCUACCCCCCAGGUCCAUCCCUGGGCCUCCGACACAGCUACCCCUGCCUUGGACAGCAGCAGCAGCAGCAGCAGCAACAGCAGCAGCAGCAACACCAACAACAACACCACCACCAGCAGCAGCAGCAGCAGGCUCACGUCAAGCCUGAGCACAGGGGCCACUACGCUCCAGGGACACUACCUGAGUCCCCCCCAGACUCCAGCUCAGAGCCAUACUCUCCACAGCAGGUGAAUGGAAAAAGGUGUGGAGUAGUGUUAUCUGAUGGGCAUCCCUCCAGUCUGGAAACAAUGGAAAGAACCUUUAGCCAAGAUCCUCACAUGAUCAGGACCAUGACACCAGAGAACAUGUGUCACAUGACUCCAACGCCACCCCUCCCACCGCAUGGACACUAUGGCAGCAUGCACCGGGACAUGUACCUGAAGCCCGAGCCCAUGAUAUCGCAGUAUCCCAUCGGUCCGGCAACCAGCGGAAGUGGAGACAUGCAGCAGACGCAGAUGCUCCAUCAGCUGCUGCAGCAUCCUCAGGGCCAAGACGGCAUCCCUGUUCACCAGGCAAAGAAGAGGAAGCACUCUGACUCACCCAACAGCACCCUCAAUUCCCAAAUCCUCACAGGUAUCAUCAAACAAGAACCAGGUUUAAUGCAGGAUGCAGACAACACCUACUUGGACCCAAACUAUCAGUGCAUUAAGUGGCAACCUCACCAGCAGAACAAGUGGACACCACUAUAUGACGCAAACUGCAAAGAGCUUCCCAUGCCAACCUACCGUGUCGAUGCUGACAAGGGCUUCAACUUCUCCUUGGCCGAUGAUGCUUUUGUUUGCCAGAAGAAGAACCACUUCCAGGUCACAGUAUACAUCGGCAUGCUGGGUGACCCCAAGUACAUUAAGACAAGUGAAGGCCUGCAGCCCAUUGACUGCUUCUAUCUCAAACUCAACGGAGUAAAAGUGGAGGCCAUGAACCAGUCCAUCAGUGUGGAGCAGUCACAGUCUGACCGCAGCAAGAGACCCUUCAAGCCAGUACUCGUCACCUUGCCCCCAGAGCAAGUCACAAAAGUCACAGUGGGGCGGCUCCACUUCAGCGAGACCACAGCAAAUAACAUGAGGAAGAAGGGCAAACCAAACCCUGACCAGAGGUAUUUCAUGCUGGUGGUGGCGCUGCAUGCUCAGUCCCACAGUCAGAGCUACACUGUGGCUGCCCACGUGUCUGAGAGGAUCAUCGUCAGGGUAACGUCUGGCCAUGCAUCCAACCCAGGCCAGUUUGAAAGUGACAACGAGGUGCUUUGGCAGCGCGGCCAACUACCGGACUCAGUCUACCACCACGGGAGAGUUGGUAUCAACACCGACCGGCCGGACGAGGCCCUGGUUGUCCAUGGCAACCUGAAGGUCAUGGGCUCCCUAGUGCAUCCGUCUGACAUCAGGGCCAAAGAAAAUGUCCAGGAGGUCGACACCACAGACAAUUUGAAACGGAUUUCUCAGAUGAGGCUGGUCCAUUAUCAGUACAAGCCUGAGUUUGCUGCCACCGUGGGCAUAGAGAACACUGCAGAGACUGGAGUGAUCGCUCAAGAGGUUCAGCAAAUCCUGCCUGAAGCAGUGAAGGAGGGAGGUGAUGUGGUGUGUGCCAAUGGAGAAACUAUUCCCAACCUGUUAGUCGUCAACAAGGAACGUAUCUUCAUGGAGAACGUGGGAGCGGUGAAGGAGCUGUGCAAGCUGACGGACAACCUGGAGACCCGCAUAGAUGAACUGGAGCGCUGGAGUCGCAAACUGGCCAAGCUACGCCGUCUCGACAGCAUGAAGAGCACUGUGAGUGGAGGCACUGUCAGCCAAUCAGGGAGCUAUUUUAGCAGGACAGGAAGCGGCCCGCUCAAGAAGAAGACGGUCAAGCCUGGGAGCAAGAACUCGCCUCCAGAUCAAGGCUGCAUCAGUCAGAAAUUCAUGCAGGGGACCAUCCUGGCACUGGUCGUUGUCAUGGCCUUCAGUGUCAUUUCCAUGUCUGUCCUUUAUGUGCUGACUCUUCACCACAGAGGAGACGUCACAGAGAAAGAUGGCUGUGUUCCUUCCUGUGUUCUCUACAUCUCUUGGAUGCCAAUCUUCACUGCCACUGUAACUUUCUGUCCAACUGUCUGCCCAUGGUCCAGAGCUGCACUGGGAUCUUCACGCAAGAGUUCAUAUACUCCACUGUCCACCACCCCUGCACCUGCUUGCUGUUCAACCACAGCCGUAAACAACCAAUCAACUACAGUUUUGACGUUGAGUAACAACCAAUCCACAACAGAUUUAGGCAGCCUGGUUCCCACACAAGGCACUAUUAGUAAGAAGGCCAAGUCCAGACAGAUGGACAAGGAUGGUCACAAUAGAAACCGACUGAGUCAUACCUCAGCACCUUUGUACUUGGCCAAGUCCAAAAGGCCACCACCCACAGACCUGGACGGAGUGGGAUCUCCCAACCGUCUGCCAGGGGGUCAACCUGUGCCACGUAGACAACGCAGCUUACAUACAAAGGGAGGAAGGUCAGCUCCCUCUCUGACUAGUCUCCAUAUUGUGGAGACAAACCAAGAGAUCACAGCACAAAGUUGUGUGACACCCAAGAGCUGCAGCUACACAGUAUCACUUCAUGGAAAAAGAAAUUCCUCCAUCUCACAAAUCACUUUGUACAUGACGUCCACCAUCAGCGUGUGGGUACAACAAUGUGGAGUCAGCAAGGGACGUUUAUGCCCCAACCACACAGAGGCAGAGCUCUAUGGUGGCCAGAGUACAUCAACAAAGGGGACUCGUCACCUGUGGUCAGUGCCUGUGCUUCCUUUCCAGGACAUCACCUAUCACUUUCGUGUCUCCCUGUCUAGUGAAGUGAGUUGUGCCACUGAAGGAGAAACCUCAUCGUACUCCGACUACCAUUUCCUCAUUAAAAGCAGCUGCGUGUGAGGAUGAAGACGAUGUGUCCCGAGUGCCUUUAAAUACAACACAUUUCUCCUGUUGAGCUUCCAUUUAUACGCUGUUGUGAUGGGAAGGGGUUUUGUCUCAUACUUGUACAAUAUUUUUAAAGAGAUUUAAUACAGAACAAACUAUAUACCACUGUUCCCUCUGUAAUCCCCUCCAUAUGUAUAUGCAUUAAGACAUCUCUUUUUGCUGUGAUCACUGGAGUUUGAAACACUGUUUAAGUUUCUCUUUUUUUUUAUUUCUGUCACUGAAAAUGUUUUAGAUCGUUGUAAUUGACAGCUGUGUUGUAUCACUGUUAACUGCUAUUGAGAAAGUAACACCCAUGAGUUUAUAGCUCACUUUAUUACUGAUUACUAUGUCUUCCAUACUUAAUAUAAGCCAUAAUUACUUAGCAGAAUUCACAUUUCUAAAUCAAGUCCAGGCUAAGAUAUUGUAGAUGACUGCACACAAUUUUUGUUUUGUUUUGCAAAACUAUGAAUCUGUAUGUACACUGAAACCAGUGCCAACUGAAAACAAAAACACUUUUCAAUAGUUUUAUACACUGGAGAGAGGAUCAUUGGUUUCUGCUGAAGGCCUCAGUGAAUGGUUGUAACUCACAUCGAAAAUAUACCUCAGUAGUGUACACUGGCAAAUCCUGGGUCUCUACAGUGGAGCUUUGUGUUUGAGACUGCUGCAGUCGACUAGACUGUCCACUGUCUCCUCAUGCAGCGUCUGACUAAACACUGUACAGAGAGGAAAAUACUGUGCAGUAUUUCUGUCUCAAUUGUGACGUUGAAUGAAACAUCAAAUUCUUACAUAAAAUGUUUAUACAAAUGUGUUCAACUAAAAAAGAAAUCCUUGUGACCAUUCCUUAAAUGAAGGUGUCCAUUUCAGCAGAUUCACUGGACAACAUGUGAUAAAACUGGAUGUGUUUUUUAAAAAAAAUCACUGGAAAUUAAGAUGUAGAAAUAAUGACUGCUCUUAGCAUCUGAUAAUGGAAAAGCAACAAGUCCAACACUGACAUUAUUUCAAGAAACACUGGAAUAGCUUACACUGUAUUUUGCUAACUGGACAGAGUGCUGGUAAGGCAACAGGUGGCAUUUAUCAUUUCAGGUGCACGCCCAAUCAUUUCUCUAAAAUGAAACAUCUCAGCUCAGAGGCAACUCAGUGUAAUUGCAUUUAUUUACGCAUACUGCAGAAAUCAAAUUGGAUAUGAUACACUGGACUCUUUCAUGUAUUUCUCUGGAUGUUUUGAAUAUUUUUCCUGUGCCUAUACAAUUACAACUAUGCAGUGAUAACUCUUUUGAUAUAACUGAAAUGUAUGAUGUUUUCCUUUCUGUUAUCAUUUCCUGUUUUAAAAACAUUCCUCACUUACUCUCACCACCACCAUUUUGUUGCUUUUGUCAAAAUUAGUUUUUAAACCCAUAUUCCAUACACAUCUGUAUUCAGAACAAAAGAAUCUUAAAUGUAAAAUCAAUAUUAUAAGAAUAUAGGAAAACAGCCAUCAGACAAAAGUGUAUGUGAGUUAUCAUAAUACGAAGACACUGUAUAAUGUUUUUAGUAUAAUUAUAAUAAGUGAGUAUAGUGUAUCAUUUUAGCUUAUUUAUAAUGCACCAGCUAGCAUAAUGAAACCACUGUAGCACUUUUUGCACUGUAUAUAUAUAUAUGAACUGCUUUUGCUCUAUCCAGUGCACCAGACUGGUUUCAAAUACUAUGGUAGAACUGCAUUACAUGUAACUGUAUAGCUUCAUUUUGUUACUACCACUGCUCCUUUUUAUCUGAUGUGUUUUAUCAAAUUGUUUUUAUAGUUGAUAUUUUUGUUGUUGUUGUUGUUGUUGUUGUAUUAUCAAUAAUAUAUUAACUUUAGCUAUUGGAGCCCAGAAAUGAUUGUUAAGCAUGAAAACACACAAAAAUACAUUUCUAAUUUUAGGACUAUUUGUUAAGAGAAAAUGCCAUUACACUAAAACUCGUUGCAUACUUUAAUAUCACUACUUUUUCUUUUUAGCCCAUUUUAUCAUUACAUUUUCAAGGCCUUUUGUCAAAAAUAUGCUGUAAUACUAUGAAUGCAUGCAGUAAAUAAAUUUGUGAUUUAA